ACGAGGGAGUAUGGACAACGACCUGCCCGUCAUUUUCUAUGAAAACGGAAUGGUGGAAAAGACGGACACGCCAAUUCAGCAAUUAAAAGCCCCGGGCUGGUAGUGGUGGGAACUGGAAAGUGCAAACAAAGAAAGAUUUGCUUCCUUCCUUACUUGGCGAUUGCAUUAACUACAGCUUCUAUAUAUUGAACUGAUAAGACUCUCCUCUUCUUAUUUUUUUUGGUUAGAAUUGGAUAUUCGAAAUUCAGGAGCAUACAAUUCUCGUUUAAUUUUGGGCAUUAUGGCACACCGGUUGACCGAGAGCUUGCUUCUGUUAUCAAUAUUGAUCUUGGCAUGUGACACAUUAUACUCACAGGCCUUACUAGAAGAGGGAAGUAAGGUAAAGUCUGCCACUUUUCGAUCCCCUAUGUUUGUAUUGGGACCAGGAUCAGUUGAGAACAGAUAUUAUUUCAAUAUUAACUUCCCAAGGGGUCAUAUUGCUAUCAAGAGUUUUGAUGCUGAAGUAGUUGAUGCGGCUGGAAACCCUGUCCCCCUUCACGAAACAUAUCUGCACCACUGGGUUGUUGCCAAAUACUAUAAACGUUUGGAUGUGGAAAAUACUGAUAAGGACAAGUAUAUUUCAGGAAACAACAGUGGAAUAUGCCAGGGUCGUGUUCUUAGACAGUAUUUUGGCCUUGGAUCUGAAACAAGAAGAACAGAUACAUAUGUUCCUGAUCCUUAUGGAAUAGAAAUUGGUAAUCCUGCUGAAAUUCCUGUAGGAUAUGAAGAGAGAUGGUUGCUUAAUGUACAUGCAAUUGAUACAAGAGGUGUUGAAGAUAGGUUGGGAUGCACUGAAUGUCGGUGUGAUCUAUAUAACGUCACAGUAGAUGAAUACGAACGUCCUUUGAGGUCAGAUUAUAACGGAGGGUUACUUUGUUGCUAUGACCGUACACAAUGCAGAGUAACAGCAGGUUUUGAGGGUGCCAGGAGGAAACUCUACCUCCGAUAUAAAGUGAAGUGGGUUGAUUGGGAUAGUUCCAUUAUUCCUGUCAAAAUCUUUAUCUUUGAUGUCACUGACAACAGGGAAAAGCUUAAUGGAUCAACAGGAGUCAGUCUAAGGAAUGGUUGCCAGAUCGAGUAUGAAGUUGAGGCUUGCAGCACAACUGGUGUGACCAGUAAUGGGUGCACUGACAUCAAAAGGACAAGCCUAACCAUGCCAACAGGUGGUUUUGUCAUAUAUGGUGUAGCGCACCAGCACAGUGGGGGCAUUGGUUCAACGCUGUAUCGGAAGGAUGGACGUGUUAUAUGCACCUCAGUACCAACAUAUGGGAAUGGAACGGAGGCAGGAAAUGAGGCAGGUUAUAUUGUAGGAAUGUCCACCUGUUAUCCUAAACCAGGGUCUGUCAAGAUAUCAGAUGGGGAGAAUCUGAUUCUGGAAUCUAAAUACAGCAGUGCUCAAAGGCACACUGGAGUUAUGGGGCUUUUCUAUAUUUUGGUUGCAGACCGAACACCAAGGCAUUCGCCUUUCUAGAUUCUCUUGCAGACUGAAAACACAACUGGCAAUAACUGUUGCUUCUUGGUUAAAGAAGGGGCAAGAUAAUGGCUACCAACCGGUUACGAUGUAAAGUUGGUGUGCAGUGCAGCCUAAAUCUUCAUUUGGCUUACUAGCAUAUGAACGUAAAUAAUGUCAUUAAACUGCUUUUGCUCUUCCCUUCUGAGCUUUUUAUUCUCUUCUAUGAAAGCUAUAUUGUUUGCUGUAUUUUCUUGGCUAAAACAGGAGCUAAUGUGGUAAACAUAAAUAAAUAAACUGUUGUGCAAGAGCUCAUUCUUGGUCGUAUGUUCUAUCCUCCUCCCCAGCAUUCUAAUUGUAAUUUGUAGUAUCUGCCCUUAUGGGUUGAGCUGCCCUUAAUGGGCUUUAAUGUAAUUUACAUUUGAGAAUGGAAGUGUGUAAGUCUGCUUUAAUUGCA